CCAGUGCGCCUGAAGCAAAUUUCCACGAACUUGGUUCUUUCAGUUGUAACAACAGGAAUUCCAAUGAAAUGGCAAGCAUCCCUGAGAGAGAUUAUUUGGAGCACAGAGCUGUGAACACUGAGAAAGUUAAAGGGAGUACAGCAGAGCUCUUGCAGUCAAAAAAAACUUCUGUCAAAGGAGCUGAGACUGAGGAAAACACUCUCCAUGUGGACAGCCAUAAUCUAGAAAAAGCAAAAUUGUUUUGGAGUAAAAUGCAAGCUUCUGGGAAUGUGGAGCUUGUCUUUGAACAACUCAUUAAUGUGUUAAACUGCCUGAAAAAGAAAAUUGCCAAUGGUUCAGCAAACAAUCAAGAAUAUUUGAAGGCUUUAAAUUUGCUCAACAAAGCUGGAAUCUACAACAACUCUCUUUCACCUGACACACCAGAAAAUGAAGAAACAUUUCAGUUUGACUGUGAAGAGAUUUCAGAAAAAGUGACGAUUUCUGAGGAAGUGGAAGCAAAAUCAGUAUCAGAUAAUUCCCAGUUAUCACGAACAUCAGUAAUUAAAAGUGUGGCGCCCUCAGUCAUCUGUCCAUCUCCUGCAAAGGGAUUCAAUCACCCAAGUCUUCCUGAUCUGAUAAUAUUUCAUCAGCAUAAGUGCAGUAGGAUGUGUAUUGCAGGAGUAAUGCCUCCAACUUCUGAUCAUUUCAAAGGGGAAAAUCCACUGAGAAUUCCCAUACUUUGCCAGUUUCAAAGAAGACAUGCAAAAUUGCACUGGGAUACUGAGGUUUUGGAGCCUCCACAUGUCUCCUACAAAGCUCCUUGUGGGAGAAGUCUGCGGAAUUUCAAGGAGGUGCGCAAUUACAUUUUUGAAACGCAGUGUGACUUUCUCUUAUUGGACUUCUUCUCUUUCAAUACAUAUGUUCAGCUUUCAAGAACGUUUCCUUGCAAGAACCCAAUUGUUUACAAAGCUGACAUAAGCCGUGGCAUAGAAUCUGUUCCUGUUCCUCUCUACAAUGCAAUUGACAUCUCUACACCAGAGUAUUUUAAAUACAGAAAAGUACGGUUGCCUCAUGGAUACCUUAUCAGCAAUUCAGCAGAAAUGUUCCAGCAGAAAUGCAACUGCACAGAUGGUUGCAGUGACAAAUCUAGGUGUGCAUGUCAACAGCUGACAGCCAAAGUUAACAAAAGAUUUGGCAAGGCUUCUGGGUAUGAAUACAAACGACUUCUGCAAAGUGCACCUUCUGGGCUUUACGAAUGUAACAAAUGGUGCAAAUGCAACAAAAUAUUGUGUGAAAACAGAGUUGUACAGCAGGGCCUUACAGUUCGACUGCAGUUGUUCAAAACACACAAAAAAGGCUGGGGAGUCCGUUGUAUGGAUGAUGUUGAUAAAGGAACUUUUGUGUGCUGUUACGCAGGUAGAAUACUAAGCAUUGCCAAUGGAACGGAGAGCCAAAAAAAUGAUAAAACCAUUAAUUUUAAUGAUACUGAUUCGGGUAGCAGCAAAAAAAUAAAUACUUUCAUCAAGAGGGAAAGAAAAGAAUCCGUUUUGGAAUCUGAACAUAAAUCGUCAGAAGAAAUGGAAGAAACAAAAAUAAGCUUGAAGAAGGAAGAAGCAACCUCGUUUGUUAAAACAUCACCCUUAAUAACCCAAAAAGGACAUACAGAAUUGUCUGGAAGGAAAAAACCUGGAGCUAGAAAGUCUGAUUUGCAUGACUCUGAAUCGACAUCAAUCAAACGGCCUAAAACAAAGACAGCUCUUCUUCAGGCUCAACGAAGAAAACUUCAGGAGCAGGGCCAGAUUUUGGUAAUGCAUAGUAGUUCAGAGGAGGAUGAAAGUGAAUCCUCAGCAGAGCGACCCAAAAGAUUCUCCAGAACAUUUCAGCAUUCUUCACCAAAGAAACGCAAGACUCUGUCAGAUAAUCAACCGAUCAACAGUGAUAAAGGAGUCACAGAAAAAAGGAGCAGCGAUGAUUAUGGAAGAAGCCACUCUACCCCUUUAAGUGGAAACAUUUUUGAAUGUCCAUUGUUCUCUCAACAAACUCCACAGGAAACGGAUAAACAAGAAAAUAACACAAACAAUGAAAAUGCAAACACACAAAACAAAUUGAUUCCAGAUAACAAUCACAAGGGACUGGUGUCAAAAUUACACAGAAUUGGUAAAGGUGAUGACCAAGGGGAUUGCUGUUAUUUUUUGGAUGCCACAGAAGAAGGAAACAUAGGACGUUUCCUUAAUCAUAGCUGUGAUCCAAACCUCAUGGUGCAAAGUGUUUUUGUAGAUACUCAUGAUAAGAAUUUCCCCUGGGUGGCAUUUUUUACCAAUAGGUAUAUUAAAGCAGGAUCAGAGUUGACAUGGGACUACAGUUAUUCAGUGGGAACCAUACCCGAAGAAGAAAUUCCAUGUUUUUGUGGAUCCAUCAAAUGCAGAAAUCUUAUAAGCAAGAUUUUCACUGAAGCAGACUUGAUGGACAUUUUAACUGCACUGACAUCAUUUGGUGGCGAGUGCUUCCCAGCUCAUGAUAACACUGCUUGCCAAGCGAGCAUAAUGCCCAGAUUGCAUGACAUUCACGCUAAAGGCACUCGGACGGAAGAAAGCAUCCUAACUGGGAAACUUUUCACUGAUGGCAACUUCGCCGUGCAUCAGAACUGCCUGCUUUUCUCUUCAAAUCUUGUCAAUCAAAAUUCUCAAGAUUUUGAUGAUUUUGGUGGAUUUUAUCUCAAAGAUAUAAAAAAGGAAAUUAAAAGAGGAAGCAAGUUGAAAUGCUCAUCUUGUAGGAGGAAAGGUGCAACUGUUGGAUGUGAAGUGGAGACCUGCAAAAAGUCCUAUCACUACCCAUGCGCCAGUGACGAUGAUGCAAAAAUAAUUGAAGAUGAAGUCUUGGGCAUUUACAGAGUUUAUUGCAAAAUCCAUAAAAAAGGUGAACGUCCAAAACCCAGUGGAACAUCUUCCAGAGGCAAAAUUGCUCGCAGUCGUACAGAUAAUGGCAUUAUGAAAGCAAUGGGGGGCAAUAAUCUUCGUGAAGUCUCCCAUCUCGACAAAUUUCAACCCAAGACAUCAGAAAGUAUCAAGGGAGGUGCUGCCAUAAGGAAGAGGGCAAACAGUUCUGACACAGAUGAAAGUGAUGACUUGCCAAUAUUUACUGGCACCCACAUACAACCCAGUGCUAAAUCUAGAAAUGGAUCGAAACAAAUGAAGUUUGAAAAUGAAGCUGGAAAGCAAAAUGAGUUAUUCUGUAAUUCCAGCUCCAGUCAUGCAGAAAGGAUGGACCAAUCUUCGGACGAAUGGUCACUCUCCUUGCUCGCUACAGACAGUCCGGGAGGCAAUCAAGAAGCCCGAUCGAAUGAGACAAUUGCUUGUACUGGAAAUCUACCUUUUUAUCCUCCUCUCACAUUAGGGGAAAAACAGACAAACGAUGGAAACUGCAGUGAUGCAAGCACAAACAUAGAUCAAGAGAUUGAUGACAUGCAGCAGAAUGUCCAAAAGGAGAGCACAGGAGGGACUUCAACUGCAAUCACAGAACCUCAUGAGCUAUCAGCUACAGGGCAAGCACAGAAGUUCUGGAAGAUGUGUAAAGAAGCUCAGUGUUUGGAGAAGAUCUUCUUGACAAUUCAGAAAGAUCUGAAUUCCAUUCAACGAAAUAUAGCAAAUGAAAAUGCCACCAAUAAAGACUAUGAGAUUGCGUGGGCAAUACUUCUGACUAUGAAUUCACUUCAAGACAUCAUGUCAGAAUUUCAAUCAGGGAUACAACAAAACCUGCAACGUCUUGAAGAAGAAAAAUUAUCCUUGCAGAAACGAGAGUGUCUUAUUGAGGAAUUGGCAAAGUUAGCCCAUUCACUGACCUCGAAAGCUGACAGAUAGAAGUAACUGCUCCAAGUUGGCUGCUAACCUAUCUUGCUUCAUAUGGGAAACAAUUUUUGUUUUGAGAAGACACAUUGAGCACACAGACAAUAACCAGAAUGGAAGCAAACUGGGACUGCAGAUAUUCUUGGGUUUUAAGUGCAAGGUAUCCAAGGAAGAAACUUUUACCUUCACCACCUGGCAGAAGCACACUGGUCAACUCGCUCCAAAGCUAUCUUUGGCAGGGCUUUCCAGUGGUGCAGCUGUCUCCUGAAUUAGGCAAGAGUCAGUUAAUCUACACAAAGCAGCAUCCGAUGAUAUACAAAGGUCUCUGAUCUGAUUUUACUGUUUGGUUAUGUGGACUAAGCCAGACAUUUGCAGGAAUUCUUCGGGCUGACAGUGUGGUGGCCUGGAGUCACAGCUAAUUUCCAUCUCCAGUACAUGCAAGUGGUCUUCCAGCCAGCUGUCUGAUUAGUUAGCCUAAUAUUUACCAGUAAAGUUAUCAAUAAAAGUCCUGCAGAAAACAUUCAAAUUAAUAUUGGGUUGCUUGCCAGUAGGCAGUAGAUAAACUUACUGUAAGAAUGCUCAAACUUGGCCAUACCAUCACCUGCUGGUCAGACACUGCAACUACUGAAUUACUGGUAGGACAUCCAUUCAAAAUGUUUACAGUCACAGUUUCAGUAUUUGAUACAACUUAACCAAAAUUUACAGCAGUGCUCUUAUAUCAACAUUCAACUAAAAUACACUGCAGGCUCAAGAUAUAAAAAAUAUUUAUAUAUGUAAAGCCAGACUCUCAGUGAGGUGUCCCAAAACUUUUUUUUGAUGCUUUUUCACUUAUUAAAAGCUGUAGCUUAAUCACACACAAAUACAAAUAGCUUUCUCCCAUGCCUCCCAAAAUAACUUUGGGUAGCUGUUAGAACAUGCAGUGUGAAUCAGGAACAGGAGUAGGCCGCAUGGCCACUUAAGUCUUCUCCAGCAGUUAAUAAGAUCACAUCUCAUCUAACUGUAACUUCAACACCGAAUUCCCAUCUGCCCACAGUAAUCUUUCAACUCCUUACUUAUCAAGAAUCUUUCUACCUCUACCUUUAAAACUCAGAGCCCUCAGAGAAGGAAAUAUGCCUCAUGUCUUAAAUGGGCAACCUUUGUUUUUAAACAGUGACCCCAAGUCCUAGAUUCUCCCACAGGAGGAAACAUCCUUUUCACAUUCACCCCGUCAAGAACCUUCAGGAUCUUGUACGAAUCAAGACCCCAUUCACUCUUCAAAUCUCCAGCAGAUACAAGCCUAGCCUGUCCAGCUUUUCCUUGUAAUAUAACCUGCCCAUACCAGGCAUUAGUCCAGUAAAGCCCCGAGCUGCUAUCAACACAGUUACUUCCUUUCUUAAGAUGACCAAUCCUGUACACUGUACUCCUGAUGAGGUCUCACUGGAUAACUGAAGCACCCUGCUUUUGUGUUCAAUUCCCCUAGCAAUAAGCAAUAGCAUUGUUAGCUUUUGUAAUUACUUGCUAUAACUCAACCCUAAUCUUUUGCAAAUCAUGCACUACAUCCCAAAUCGCUGGAAUCCCUCAACAUUUAAAUAAUAGGCUCCUUGAUCCUUUUUAGUGGAGAGCUUUUUAAAAACAAAAUCACAUUUUCCCACAUUACACUCCAUUUGCCAGAUCUUUGUUCAUUCACUAAUCGAUCCAUAGCCCUUUGUAGCCUCAAUGUCCUCUUCAAAACACAUUCUCCCUAUCUUACUGUCACCAGCAAAUUUGGCAAACGUAUUUCAACUUAGAAGAAUGAUUUGGAUAGAGAGCCUAGCAUGAUCCCUGUGGCACACUGCACCAUCUUGCCUACAAUAAAAAGACCCAUUUAUGCCUGUUUUCUGUUUGCCAGCCAGUGGUCUUUCCACGCUAAUGUUACCUCCUACAUUAUUUUCCACAAUAUCAAAAUGCAUUCUGGAAAUCUAUGUACAGUGCAUCCACUAGUUCCCCUUUACUACAGGAAAAUUCAUCAAACGUGUUUUCCAUUUCACAAAGCUAUGUUGGCUUUGCCUGAUUGUCUUGAACUUUUCUAGGUGCCCUGCUAUAACAUCUUUAAUAAUGACUUCUAACAAUUUCUCUAUGACAAAUUAAGCUAACUAGCCUGUGCUUUCCUGCUUUGUCUCCUUGCAUUUUGCAUAAAGGAGUUACAGUUGCUAUUUUCCAAUCUAUUGGAACUUUCCUCAAAUCUAGGGGAUUUUAGAAAAUUAAAACCAAUGCAGCUCGUUAUCCAUUUCCUUUAAGACCCAAGGAUGAAGUCUAUUAGGAUCCAGGAACUUGUCACUCUGCAGCUCCAACAAUUUUCUCAAUAUCACAGCCCUGAAUUAACACUCAAUUAACUUUUUUUUAAACAUAUCUAAAGCAGCUUAUUAUCUGUAGUUUUUUUAAAAAAAAGUCAAAUUUCCUUCCAAAAUUUGGUUCCGAUGACUUAGAGAACAGAAUUUCGGAAUAGAGUUCAAUGUUCAUACAUAUUACCACCCAUGGGUUAAGCUAUUAAUCAGCACAUUUCAAAAAGCCAAGGGAGAAGCUAACAAAGCUAAUUAGCAUUAAGGAGAGACAAUAAAAUAAACUGUAUUCCGAUAUGCACAUAGGAACAAAAAACAGUAAUAAGUUAACCAGAAAACGUUGCAGACACUCAGCAGGUCGAGCAACAUUAUGGGAAGAGAAACAGAGUUAAUGUUUCGGAUUGAAAUGUCAACUUUCUUUUUUCACAGAACCUGCUUGACCUGCUGAGUGUUUCCAGCGAUUUCUGUUCUAAACCAAAUAUUUCAUUUCAUGAAAUUGUGCUUCUCAGCAUGAAAAAGAUUUGUACCAAUUCUGCGUGAACAAGUUUAUAAAUUGUGAUGCUAACAAAUCUGCAGUUUAAGGUUUGUCCAACAAUGAGGGACUAAUAUUACAACCAAUUCUUCUCAAAACUGCAAGAUUACACUGAACAAAGCAAAGCUGUACAAAUGAACAGAGCAGACUUGCCUGGACUUUGAGGACCAGAUUACCUGAGUGAUUUAAUCCCCAAUUCUGGGAACUGAAACUGACAGAGGCUUUACUCAUUCUCCAUUUGCCGUUAGCUUUUUUGGACUUAGUUAUUCUUUUCCCUCUUUCAGCUUGACCUUAAUCAGCUACAGUCUGAGUAACAGUUGCCUUAUAAUUAGAUUAAACUGCAAAAAAAAAUUAAAUAAACUUCUAGGUUCUUGAUAUUAUAACAAGCUGGAACUUCACUGGAAAGGAUUACACACAUCUUUACCUAUAUUACUACCAUUAAGCACUUUGGGAUGUCACAAAGUAGUGAAAGAUGUGACUAUUAAGUCUUUGCCUUUAUUUAAUCUGUCAGUAUAUCAAGAGAUUGUAUCUUUUCAAUGCAAUGUCAAACGAUUUAUUAACUAUGUAUUGUGCAAUAACUGCAAGAGUAAAAUACUGUUCUGAUUCUAUUAAGCAAUGCUACCCAGGCUGCAGUAUUCUUUUACUUAUUUUUGCUAUUGUUAUGGAUAGGUAACUUUUUUUUGUAGAGAAGAUUGUAAAAUCAGAAAGUGACCAAUAUUGCAUAGAAUUCAGUGUAUCACACCUUUGUAGCUUAUU